AUUAUGAAAGGUCCCGGAAGCCGUGAGAUUUAAGUUGCGGGUUUACCAUGGCGACGGCAAAAGGAAGAGGGCAAUUUUUUCAGAGUUUAUUGGAGUGUUUACAGAGAAAUCCUGCACAAUGUAUAGGGGCAACAGAACAACAAAUGCGUGGAAGAAGCAGACCCGGUCCAGAUCGAAGCUUCUCGGUUCCGCUCAGCGGAAGCAGCAGGAAGACCGCGGAGCAGCAGAGCUUCGUGAAGGAGAGCAGUUUUGACUCAUGCUGUUCGGUUUUGAUGGAAGAUUUUAACCAAAUGAAACCGAGCUCCGAGGAGAACCUUCUGGAAAGGCUGCCGUUUGAGGUUCUGCUGAAGAUCCUGUCGUACCUGGAUGCGUCCUCCUUGAUCUGCGUCAGCCACGUCAGCACACUCUUCCACAGACUCGCCAACGACGACUUCAUAUGGCGAAACAUUUACACGUCAGAGUUUGAAAGUCCAGCAUGGAAACCAAAGUUAGCCACUCCCCCUUCGCCGCCAGCAGUGAAGGAGGAGCCUCACUCGGCAGGAAGCUGGAAGAAGAAGUUCUUCAGAAGAAUGAGAGAGCAGGACAUGGAGAAGUGGAGGAAAGACCUGAGAAAGACCUGUCCUCACACCAGCCUGCCCCAACAGACGGAGGCCGUCCUCAGAAACCUGAAGAUGAGCUGGGAGCUGGCGCUGACGGAGCACUCCGGACAGAAGACCCGGCUGGAUCAGAACCGAGCCAGCUUCUUCGAGUCGUCUGUGGUGGUGUCCUGGAGCUGCCGCAGCGUCCUGCAUUUCCAGAGCAUCUGCAGCAUCAGUGUGUACGGAGUCAGGAAGGAGGCGGGGCGGAGCUUCAGGAGCUGCAGAGCCGCCUGGUUCUCCCUGGUCCUGAGGCGGGACAUGCAGACCGACCCUCAGAUGUUGGUGGGUGCAGACGACCUCAUCAAGGUGCUGCUGCUUCCGGACGUCCUGCUGGGGGUGUGGAGGAGCAACAACAGAGUGGCCUUCGUCAUGGUCAGCCUGCACCUCCACAGGCUGGUGGAGAAGAGUCUGCUGGGCUCUCCGGUGUGUCCGUACUUUGAGCCCGUGAACCGUCCGCCCGCCGACCACUCAGACCCUGAGUUUGGCCUCCAUGGUUACACCGUCCACUUGGUUCUGCACAACGCCAGCUUCAAGAUCAUGCUGGGUCACUUCCGCCAGCUGUCCUGUCGCCCAGUGGAGAAGCGGCGCCGCCUGCUGGAGCUGCGGUUCAUCAGCAGGACCAGCCUGUUGGAGCACCGCCUGUUGUCUGGAGGCAUCGGGCUGCCGUGGAGGAGUGAGGAGCUGCUGGGGGUCGUGGAAAACUGCUGCUUCCUGACUCUGACCCUCCUGGACAUCCAUCAGAAACCCUUCUGGUGCCUCAGCUCCCCCGUCAGCGCCCGCAUGGCGAAGGCGGAGUCCUGUUACUACAGCGGCGACCACUUCCUGAUGGAGCACCAGCACGCCGACGGCGAGGUGAGGAUGAAGCUGGUGUGGCUGACGGAGCAGAAGCAGUUCCUGGUCCACAGCCUGGUGGUCUGUGUGACUGUGGACAAAGUCAACCAGCAUUUCAGCACCCAGUACUGACCGUCCUACGGGGUCGCCGAGGUCAACGCUUGCUUUUGAGUUUGAUGGUUUACAGGUAGUUCUGUUGAUUGUGGUUGUUUUAAAAAGAAAAUAGUUUGGAUUCUGCCUUUUUUCAUGUUCUGCGUCGUUUUUCUGAAGAAAACGAUGGAUUAAAGUUUCAUUCUAACUGAA